UGCUGUAGUGUUUAUUCAAUAUUUGGUAUAAAAAAUGAGUUUUUAUUUUGACUUGGCAUAUCAUAGGUUUUGUAAGCCUAAUCGAGUUCCACUUGCUGCCCUGCAAUUUGUUCAUUGUAGUACUAGGCAGGCAUAGGCUAUGCCUACACCAGCGGAAUGUCUUGCCUUUUUUGUCGGGUGCGGCCGCACCGCACCUAGCAUCCUCCAGCCUACGCCCCUGUUAAUAGUAUAUGAUGAAUAGUUACUACAAAUUAUAUCUAAGUUUUAUUAUAGGCGGUUACAUUUAUGCAUGAGAUUUUGGUCCUUAAGCGCUUUUUUUUGUACACUUCUGCCCCCAAUGACAAUCUUGUAUACAGCCUUAUUAUGUUUCUUUUUUUGUUUUCCUAAGCUGAUUACAGUGUCACUUCCAUCACUGCCGUUUGUUUGUGCUCCAUCGUGGUAGCUUGUCUUUUCCGGAGACUAGGCCAGCUAAUAACAGUUGCCAUCGGUGCUUCUCUUUUCUGUCUUGCUCUGGUGAUACCUUCAUCGUUUACGCAACCAGUUAUCAUACUCUACUUUACAUAUGGUAUCUUCCACGGAUUCUUAUUCAACUCUUCCGAGUUGACCAUCUCCGAAGUUGUUCUGAGGCGUACUGGCAACGAUAACUUUGGAGUAAUAUGGUUGGUCUUGUUUGUCGUAACACUCGGUUUUGCCGCUUCUCCAUUUUUUCCGUUUCUAAACCAUUCAGUGUAUAGAGAUAUCUUGGUUUGCGUAGUUGCCAUUUUUGCAGUCGUCGGGUAUGUUUCUAUUCUCAUGAUUGUAGAGAUGAAGAAUAACCUUGAAAGUUUAAAUGAAGAAGUUCCCAGUGAUGACGUCAAUACGAACUUACCACAACCAUCAACGGAGGAGAGGGUAAUCAAGCUACGAGCUGACGUGACGUUAACCGAGGGUCGAGUUGUUGAUGUGGAUACGGUAGGCCUACCAAAUUCAACUAAAGAACCAGUUAACUCAAGCAUAGUAGCAUUUAUUGAAACGUCAAGAAGAAGGGACUUGCAGAUGUCAUUAUACAGUACAAUAUUCACUGCAACAAGUGUAACAGUAAUUUGUAUCACUACAGGCAACUACUUAUGGGCCAGAACGAUGGAUAUCUUUUCACUGCCUAUUAUAAUAGUAUGGAUAGGUGUAGGGGACAUUGUUGGUAGAACCAUCGCUGCAGUAUCUGCAGACAGGUUAUGGGAAUGGAACAAUAGAGUAUCUGAGGGGAUACCAAUAUUAUUCAUCGUACUACAUUGUAUUAUGGCAGCUGUACCCUACACAUGCAUGAUAUUUAUAUCAUCACCUAUUGUUCGAAAAGUUGCUUUGGUCGGGAUUAUCCUACCCCGUAUUUUUCUGUUUUUGCUGUUACCCCAUAUUGCAAUGGGAGCAAUACAUUGGAAUGAAAUGCGAACUGAACGAGUUGCAUUAGUGUACAUAAUAUUUGGUGUCGGAUCAUUUUGGAUUACUCCAAUCAGAGAAACUCUAUAUGACGUCACUGGAUCGCACACAGCAACUUGGUACAUCUUGGUCCUAUCUACUAUGGCUUCAGUUGAGGCUGUAUUACUAGCAGCCGCAAUAUGGGCAAGGAACGCACAGAGUAAAUCGGAAAAACCUUAUGACGAAUCAAGUAAAUGUUAGCGAGAUUGGAGUACAAUUUUUAUGUUGAAUUUUGUCUAUUAAAUUUGUAUAUGAAUAUUGAAACAUAGGCCUACCAGUUAGGCAGUAGCAUAAUUUUAUUAAUAUAUUUUAUUAACAGAAUGCUUUAACAAAACAAAUCAUCAAAAUGUAUCAUUUAAAUAUAACAAAAAAAAGCACUAAUAAUGUGAUUCACAUGUAAGGACUUCGUCGGGUACGAUAAGCCAUAAAACGUUACUUUGGGGAUGAAUGUCCCUGUCGGUAAUUAUAGCAUUUGCAAUGCUGGCUCCACCACUGUGUGUAUAUAUUUCUUCAUUAAUUUCUAAUGUAAUACGCCUAUUUCCACAGUACAGAGGCGUAUUCAGUCGAAUUAUUUGAAUUCGAAUCAGUGGCAGAUUCAAGGGUGGAAAUAAAAUAAUGGAGGGAAUGUAUAAAAAUUAUAAUAAAAUAUAAGUAUGUGGCAUUGGUAAAUAUAAGUAAGAGUAUCCGUUUUUUGUAGUUGUAAUUUUGCGGAUAACAACCAUUGACGGCGUUUGGAGGGUCAAUAAUUUGAUAUGAAUUCAGAAGAAUAUCAUUAUAUUAGUACCGUAUCGUAUAUACCCGGCCCGGCCAGGCCCAGCCCGAUCGAUCCACCAAAGCUUUUGAUCCGGCCUACAUUGGUAAAAAACAAAUCAUUUUUAAGCCAAUUUUCAAUACUUACAGAAAAAAAUGUCUGUUAAUAGAAACAUACCGUAACCACCUAGUCUUGCCUUGUUAACGAAAGCAGUGGCGUAUCCAUGAUUUAAAGAACGGGGGUAACCAAUUACAAUGCCUCCAAAACACAGCCCCAUCACCUCCGAGCCUCAUUUCCAUUUAUCAAACUAACCGUCGUGUUCUUUACGAUCUUCAUCCGACAAAUUAAUCCUCAAAUAAACCUUUAAAAUUCCACGGCUAACAAAGGCUUCUUUGCUGUUUCACCUUAUCUUUGGAACAAAUUCCCUCGUAAAGUCCUCAACUUUAAAUAAAUUUAAAUCGGUCCUUAAAACACAUCUUUUUAAUAAUUCCACUGAUUAAACGCUGUGAGACCCUGCAGAUGCAAAAACUAUAAGUCUAGUUUUGUUUUAUCAUUAUGAUUCCUAUAGAUAUAUUAUAAUUUCCUUUUUUUGUUUAAGAACAAUUUAGCGGGGCUGUCUCCGCCGCUGCAUCAUAGAAAAACAUUUUUAAGCAAAAUAAUACCACAAACGAUGUGCUGAGACAUCCUUAGUAAGCCAUAGAUUGUACUUAAGUGUAGGAAAAAUAUUAAAAUGUCAACUAAUUAUUUUGUGUAUUUUAAUUAGUGAGAAACAUUUUAUCGUUCCAAUUUUGAUUAAAAGCUAACGUAAUAAAUCGAAAAAUAAGAAUCAAACAAUUUAGCUGUUGGUUUUUAUUGUUCAUUUUUGGCUUUAUCAAGGGAUGAGUUCAUUUUGCUAUUUGAUAGGAAAUACAAUAUAAAAGGUGCUAGUCAACUACAAUAUUCAAUCACCGA